ACUUGUUUUCUACAUGUCCGAACCGCUUUUGCUCUCUGCCAAUUUCCCCCUCCCUCUCUCUCACCGAAUAAUACCCACAAAACCCAAUCCAAAAAAAACAAAAGAAAAAAGAAAACCUGGGAAAAAAUGUCUUCUCCGAGCAAACGCCGCGAGAUGGAUUUGAUGAAACUGAUGAUGAGCGAUUACAAGGUGGAGAUGAUCAACGAUGGCAUGCAAGAGUUCUAUGUCGAUUUUCAUGGACCCAAAGAGAGUCCUUAUGAGGGAGGAGUAUGGAGGAUAAGGGUGGAGCUCCCAGAUGCUUAUCCUUAUAAAUCUCCAUCUAUUGGCUUUAUCAACAAAAUCUACCAUCCAAAUGUUGAUGAAAUGUCUGGCUCAGUUUGUUUAGAUGUUAUCAACCAGACUUGGAGCCCCAUGUUUGACUUGGUGAAUGUGUUUGAAGUAUUUCUUCCUCAACUCCUUUUGUAUCCGAAUCCAUCUGAUCCAUUGAAUGGAGAAGCGGCUGCUCUCAUGAUGCGCGAUCGUACUACAUAUGAACAAAGAGUAAAAGAGUAUUGUGAGAAAUAUGCCAAGUCAGAAGACAUAGGGGCAGCUGAGGAGGAGAAAUCGAGCGAUGAGGAGCUGAGUGAAGAUGAAUAUGCAUCUAGUGAUGAGGGGAUGGCUGGAAAGGCUGAUCCUUAACUGCAAAUGAAAUGUUGGAAAUCAUUUACUUCGUAUUUCUUUCUGUUUUGUACAUCAUAUAUUCUGCUCCAGGAAAAUGAAACCCCAGAAAACUGAAGGCUUGUGGAAAAAAAAAAAAUUCCUUGCCUCCUCUGGUCGGCUCUUUUAUUUUCCAUGGUGGUUGUGUAAAUUAAUCAAACUAUAUUUAAAGUUUGAAAUAUUCAUUUACUGUUGGAACUAUAUAACAUCUGUAUAUUUGCUCUUUGCUGAUUCUUGCUCACAUAAACCGUUG